GUGUGUAAACAGUACAUAAAUUGAAACAGUACAUUACAAAAAAUACUAUAAUUUUCAUUGCCGCAUACGGUAAACUGCAUCCAUUUAUGGUUGUACUAACUCGUAAAAUUUGCGCUGACAACCGAUAUACAAAGAAUGUAAGCCGACUUUAUCUAUUGAAAUUAGACCAGACCAGUUUGCAACUCUGUCUGCACGUAUUUUAAUGUUCAUAACAAAAAAAAAUUCGUUUCAGUAAGCAAAAAUUUUACUUCCUGUUUGUUUGGUAAUUAGUGAACCAUAAUGGCGGGAUAUGAAGUUACUUCAAAUGAAGGCCCCGGAUUCGUGGGUAUUCGAUUUUGCCAGGAAUGUAAUAACAUGCUCUACCCAAAAGAAGACAAAGACAGCAAAGUAUUACUAUAUGCAUGUAGGAAUUGCGAUUACAAACAGGAAGCUGAUUCAAAUUGCAUUUAUGUUAACAAAAUUAUGCACGAAAUUGAUGAAUUGACACAUAUUGUACCAGAUGUGAUAUCGGAUCCAACAUUGCCGAGGACAGAAGAUCACGCGUGUCCAAAAUGUGGACAUAGAGAAGCUGUAUUUUUUCAAGCCCAAACUAGACGAGCUGAAGAGGAAAUGAGAUUAUAUUAUGUUUGCACAAAUCAAAAUUGCACUCAUAGGUGGACAGAAUAAAGAUUCAUUUUAAAAAUAUUUUCUUACAUUUUUAUUAGUUGAAUAUACUUAUACAUAAUUUAAAAUC